UCCGCGAGGAGGCCACGCCCCGUCACGUGUGCACGGCUCCAGCAGGGCAGGGCUAGAGGCUCUUGGCUGUCGUCACUUCCGCUUCUCUGUCAGUCGCGAGCGAGUAGCAGAGUGUUCGGCCGCAGGGACGGAGCAAUGCCUAAGUCAAAGGAACUUGUUUCUUCAAGCUCAUCUGGCAGUGAUUCUGACAGUGAAGUUGACAAAAAGUUAAAGAGGAAAAAGCAAAUUACUUCAGAAAAACCUGUGAAGAAGCAAAAGACUGGUGAGACCUCAAGAGCUCUGUCGUCUCCCAAACAGAGCAGCAGCAGCAGAGAUGAUAACAUGUUUCAGAUUGGGAAAAUGAGGUACGUCAGUGUUCGGGACUUCAAAGGGAAAGUUCUAAUUGAUAUUCGAGAGUACUGGAUGGAUCCAGAAGGUGAAAUGAAACCAGGGAGAAAAGGCAUUUCUUUAAAUCCAGAGCAGUGGAGCCAGCUGAAGGAACAGAUCUCUGACAUUGAUGAUGCAGUAAGAAAACUGUAAACCUGAGCCAUACGAUACCUGUGACGUCUUAGUUGUUUUACUCUGUCUUUUUACAUUGGCUUUUGUUUUCUAAAUGUUGUUUUCCAAGCUGUUGUAUAUUUGGAUUGCAGAACACUUUGUAAGACAAAUACUUUUUUUUUAUGUGCAUUAUUAAAAAUGUUCUGAGUGAAGCUAAUUGUCAACUUUAUUAAAGAUCGCUUUGUGCCCACCUAGUGUAAAAUAAAAUCAAGUAAUCACAAUCUUAA